AUGCUGAGUCCGAGGCGCCGGAACUCUGAACCCUUUCCAGUUUUCUCUCUGCUGUUCCUCAGGUUCUACCAGUUCCAGUGCUCGGUGUGUACGAAGGGACCGGAGACCAUCCAGAGGCUGCCCAUGACCUGGGUGGAUCUGGCUCAUCUGGUCCUCUAUCAUCUGUCGCUGUGCUGCAAGAGGAAGUACUUCGACUUCGACCAUGAGAUCCUGUCCUUCACCAACGAGAACUGGGACUGGCUGCUGCUGGGCUCGCUGUCGGAGACGCCGAGACCGGACCGCUGCCAGAACCUGCUCCACGCGCUGAACUCCCACAAGGACAGGUUCGUUUCUGGGAAGGAGAUCAAGAAGAAGAAGUGUCUGUUCGGGUUGCAGGUUCGAGCGCCGCCGCCACUGACCUCUGACUCGUCGCCGCUCAUCACGGAUCCUCCUACAAGCAUCACUCACCGGAGAAGUCCGCUGACGCUGAACUAUCAGAGGAGGGUCGGAGGGACGGAGACCCGCAGGACCAAGAGGACCCUCAUAGAGACACAGCCCCUCCCUCCUCCGGUCUCUGCCAACCCCAUUGAGCUGCUGCCAUGUUGCCAUGGCUACAUGGGCGGGGCCAGCCUCUGUAACGCCAGGGAGUCGGAGGAGGAGCUGAACCUGAGCUGUCCUCCUAAGAGGACGGUGUCUGCGUGUCCCGGCCCGCCGGGCGGAGGCCUCCGUCACCACCGCAGCCCGGAGGACGCCUGCAGGUCCCCCGCCGCGUGUCACCACCGCCCGCCCGAGCCCGCCGCCCCGCCCCCGCCCGGCGCCGCCGGAGGCGGGGCGGCGGGGUGGGACGGGGCGGGCCCGGACGGGACGGCGUCCCGGAGCUGGGGCGGAGGCGAGGCGGUGAGGAUCCUGGCCCGGCGCGUGACGCCGGACGGGAAAGUGCAGUACCUGGUGGAGUGGGACAACCUGGGCCUGUGCUGA